UCUUUAUUUUAAUAUUCAUUUAUUUAAUCUCUCCUGGCCAUAAGGGAUGACAGAUGUAGCUAUACCAAUGGUUUAGACCGUUUGGAAUUUUAUGGAGAGCUUCUCCCGCUCAGACCAAUGAAUGAAUGCGACCAUGCGCAGCUGGCAAAAAUGAUUGCUGUCCUUUAUGAAAUGACAAUGUUCAUGUAAAAAUGAUCAAAUACACUGACCGUUUAAAGCAAAACUAACAAAACUAUUUCUUAAUGGUGAACCUGAACAAUCUAAAUAAAAUCUGAAUUAUUGCAAACCCCAAUCAGAAGUUGGUUGUGAGUUGCGUCCACUCCAGGAGGCUACACAGCUCCGGUAAAACGCCUUCUACAGCGCAUUUGGUGGCAAUAACACAGCAAAUUACAUUGGUUGUCGCUCAACUAAUAAAGUCUAUGAUUUGACAUUGUGAAAGCCAUUUUACAAGCAUCUGAAUGCAGAUGUAGGAAUAGCCUAUUAGAACAAUUAGAAGAGGGAUAUGCCUACCUCUCGUUGGCACGAGAAACUGUGUAUCUCCAACACUACGCGCACAGUUGUUAUCCGAUAGUCAUAUGCAGGUACAUGCAUAAAAGUUUGAACUGAAGGAGAGGAGCAUCAAUUCAGUCAUAACAGAAAAGAGGUAUUUUUUCGAAAUAAACAAUAUGAGGAAAAACACCUAUUAGUAAUGUUUGAAUCUGUUUUCUGACCGAUUCAUGCUUAAUUUGGAUUGGUUUAGGAUUCAUCACUCCAGAGAAUGCGUUUCCACUGCUCCAGAGUCCAAUGCGCAUGGCAUUGUGCAUGGUGAUCUUAGGCUUGUGUGUGGCUGCUUGGACAUGGAAACCCGACGAAGCUCCCGACAAACAGUUAUUCUGCUGAUGUUCUUUCCAGAGGCUGUUUGGAACUUGGUAACCCAACCAUGAGGGACCGUCUGAGCCACAUGCAGGAGCUGUCCCAGUCCAACGGCCAUGUGGAGCAGAUGGACUAUGCCGAGUCCGGGGAGUCCGUCUCCGGGGACUCCAUCAAUGUGGACCUGGAGGAGGAGCUCCCUCACCAGGCUGUGGUGUGGGACAAUACCCCUGAACUGGAGGAGGUCUUCUCCCAGUCCCAGCAGGUCCACCGUGAGGUCCAGCUUAUCCGCCUCGAGGUCAAACGCCUCCGUGAGCAGAACUCACGCGUGCUCCAGGGCACCACUAGGAUGUCAGUCGUUAAGAGAGACUCUAACGCCAUCGCAGCUGACAUCAAGGCCCGUGCUGAGGGUGUGCUGACGUGCCUCAAGGACAUGGACGCCGCAGUGCGGGAGCUGGAGGCAGCGCAUGGCUCCAAUGCUGCCGUGACUCGCAUCGCCAGGACCCAGUACGCCUGCCUGAGCAACAGCUUCCGUGAUGCCAUGUUCGACUACAAUGAGGCAGAGAUGAGCCACAGGGAGAGUUGCAAAGCCCACAUUCAGAGGCAGAUGGAGAUCGUGGGGCGGGAGGUGACUGGUGAAGAGGUGGAGGAGAUGAUCGAGACGGGCCAGUGGAACGUCUUCAAUGAGAACAUCCUGUCAGAGGGCAAGACAGCGCGCUCGGCGCUCAACCAGAUCGAGAGCCGCCACCGAGAGCUACUGGACCUGGAGAGCAGGAUCCAGAGCAUCCAUGAGAUCUUCCUGGAUGUGGCUCUGCUGGUGGAGGAGCAGGGCCCCAUGAUGAACACCAUCCAGACCAAUGUCCAGAACACAGAUGUGGCCAUCCAGGAGGCACUGGUCAAAAUCAGCAAGGCCAAGCGCCACAACAAGAACAACCCCUUCAAGAAGAUGUUCUGCUGCUGCUUCCCCUGCGUCAAAUGAGGCAGAGACUGAGGAAGAAGACUGUAGUACUCAGUCCGGUCUCAAGAUGGUCUUGUCUCAGUGUCCGGUCUUGACUUGGCCGCGGACAGUGAGGACUCAUAAUUUCUUCCUGAGACCAGCCGAGACCAGCGGAGUAAAAAACUCAUAAUUAUCCGCUUCCAUUCAGCUAAUGCAUAGCUUUUUUGUAGCCUUAGUUAUCAUCUGUUAGAAAAAAGUCAAAUCUCGCUGAACCCUCCUAUCAACCCUACUAAAUCAGAACCCUCCUAUCAUCCACCCUUGGAUACCAAUGGCAAUAUAUACUUUGGAAGAGUCUGUGAAAUAAUUAUAUUAUUUGCCUUUUUUAAAUAUGCUUUUCAGGCACUGAAGUACAUCUAAACAAACAUAUAUCAGUGCCUUUCUAGAAGGAAAAAAACACGGUUAUUUUCUGCCAUAGAAAUGUUUGUUUUCUACCCUCCUAUAGUUAAUUCCCUCUACCCUUAACAGUAUAUUAACUGUGAGACAAUAAUGAUUAAAUAAAAGUGUACUUUAUUGUUGUUCUCUGUCUGAACAUUAAAUUCACAACUUUAAACGAGAAUAAAAUUAAGAAUACUUUU